AUGGCGGACCGUCGCGACGACAAACCCGCGGACUUUCUGCUCCCCGAGACCGUCAAGAGCUGGUUCUCCCACAUGCACACGCACUUGAUGGGCGGCAACGUGGCGGAGAUGGCGCGUCUGUACGACCGCGAGUUCCCCAACCUGACGAACAACUACUUCAAGCAAGCGUCUUGGCCAGAGGCGAGCGCGAUCAAGCUGCUCGUACACGAAGAUCCGACGUUCCUGCUGCUGUACAAGCAAAUUUACUUCCGCCAUCUCUUUUCUCGCCUGCAGCCAGGGAUGGACAUGAAAGUAGCGUCUUGGGAGACGUACGUGGCCAUUUUCGAAGGCAUCCUGGACGGCUCCUUGGAGCUCAAAGCACUUCCCUCCCAGUGGAUCUUUGACAUUGUGGGCGAGUUUGUCUAUCAAUAUCAGUCGUACAGCCAAUUCCGGGCUAAAGUUGCCACAAAGGGCGAGGCCGAGAUCGCUUCGUACCAGGAGAAUCUCUUCAUCUGGGACACGAGAAAAGUGCUUGGUUACUUGCACGCUCUCGUUCGUCACUCAAAGAUUGUGGAGAUUUUAAAGGACGGGCCAGACGUGCAAGGGCCUUCGACUGUUGUCAAGGAGCUGGGGUACUUUAGCCUUAUCAUGCUGGCCCGUGCCCACGUGCUGUUUGGAGACUACUAUACGUCACUCAAGCUGCUGGAACCUAUUGAUCUGUUCAACAAGAGUGCACGCGGCGAGGCCAAGACAACAGCGCAGAUCCAUGAAAAGUCGCCGGGCUGCCACGUCUCGGUGUUCUACCACAUGGGCUUUGUGCAGCUCAUGCUCGAGGACUUUUCCGCGGCGAUCCGGUCCUUUUCGACCAUCAUCUUGCAAGUGAACCGCAAUCGGAACUACUACUCGCGUUUUGCCGAUUACGAACAGCUACAUAAGCUGACAGAAAAGGCGAUAGCGCUGCUCGCUAUUGUUCUGUUUCUAUGUCCGGGCCAGCGUGUUAACGAUCAGAUCCAUUCGCUCAUCCGUGAGAAGUAUGGUGACAACCAAAGCAAGUUACAAAAAGGUGACGUGUCUGCUCUCAGCGAACUGUUUGGCUUCUCUUGUCCCAAGUUUAUCUUGCCUGCUGUGGCCGUCGAGGGUGAAGCCGUUGUUCAUUGUAGCGCCGAGGCUUCGCAGCGGCAGCAAAAAGCCUUUAGCGAUAUGGUGGCCCGUCAACAGCACAUUCCUGCUGUGCGCUCGUAUAUCAAGCUCUACCGCUCCAUUGAUGUGGAAAAGCUGGCGACUUUUCUUGGGGUUGAUGUCGAGGUCGCGCGCGCCGAACUUAUGGCUUUGAAGGUCAGCGGCUCGCGUCUGAAGUCAGAUGUGCACUUUUUCCUGAACAACAACGUCGUUCUUGUCGACAAAGAGGCAAGCAACCAGCGCACGGGUGAGUUCUUUAUCAACCACAUUCACAAGUUUGCGCGUAUUGUGGACGAGUGCGCUGUCGCUCAGUAA